AUGGCGUCUUCACUCGAUCGCGAGAUUGCUGAAUUGAUCGAGUCGCUUGACGAAGACUCACAAACUACUACUGUUCAUAGACUCCGCUCCAAAUCGAGCCCAGAACUUGUGCGUAUUGCUCAGACGGAGGUGCAAGCCUUGUCUCGCUGGUUAGGCGACAUCAAGGCACUGCAGUCAUCUUCAUUCAUUGCCCAAGGUUCUCGUCCUACGUCAUGGAAAUACGUCGAUCAUCAAGACGAGCUUCUUUGCAUAUGGGGGCUUGAACUGUACGAAGGCGCCGUAGGAGUUGCCGCCAUCUUGGAUGUACCUGUGCAAACUAUCGGGUGGAAGACGGUAUCUCGAUUGCCUUCCGCCCAAUCGGCUUAUAGGCAGGACAAAGGCAAGGAAGACUCUCAUACAAGUAACGUGGACAUUGCCGAUAUCGAGGCCGAUGAUGGGUCCGUUGAUGAUUCCCAUCACAACGGCACCUUGGGUCGAUUUGAGCCUCUGUAUGGCCAAUGGUAUUGUUGAUGGAGAGGUCAACCUGCCUGUCGAGUUGAAGUUUCUUCUGGUUUCUACACGACUGAUUACUAUCAAUUCUAUGAAUGUGGCGAAACCUCGCAUUGGUUUCCAGAGAUGAAUUUAGUGAAUAGUCAGAAAAGAAUCCCAGCUUAUUAGAAACGAAUUUUCCGCGUCUUUCGAAGAAACGCAUAUACCUUUGCCGUGCCCCCGUCGAUCCGGGUCUCCAUAGCGUCAUAACAUCCAUAUGUACUUUCAGCUACAAUCAGGCCAACGAGACCAGUGCAAAUUCACCCCAUCAAUCGAAAAUGGAAUUCUGCGGUUGUGCGAUAAUAG